AUGGUGCAUUUAUUAUUUUGGCUCCUGACUCUUUUAUACAACAUGUGUCCUGGACAUGCUUGGGUGGCGAGUAACUUUCUGAUGACGGGACCGAAGGCAUAUCUCACCUAUGCAAGAAGCGUGCAGGAGGGCGCAAUGACUGGGAUUGAGGAGUGCAGACACCAGUUUGCGUGGGACAGAUGGAACUGCCCCGACAGCGCAACUCAGUUUAGAGGACUGAGACGCGCCACUAGAGAGACUUCAUUCGUCCACGCCAUAAGUGCAGCGGGGGUCAUGUACACUCUGACCAGGAACUGUAGUCUGGGAGACCUCGAAAACUGCGGCUGUGAUGUCUCCAAGAACGGUAAAAUUGGUGGUAGUGGCUGGCUGUGGGGUGGCUGUAGUGAUAACGUGGAUUUCGGAGAGAGGAUUUCCAAACAAUACGUAGACGCGCAGGAGACAGGUCAGGACUCCCGGGCUGCAGUCAACCUACACAACAACGCCGCCGGGCGCCUGGCAGUAAAGGCAACGAUGAGGCGCAUCUGUAGAUGUCACGGCAUGUCUGAGAGCUGCAGCGUCCAAACCUGCUGGACUCAGCUGCCAGAUUUCAGAGAAAUCGGCAACUACUUGAAGAUGAAACACAGCCAAGCGCAGAAACUUGACAUCAACAAGAAGCGCAUGCGUGCUGGCAACAGCGCGGAUAACCGAGGAGCCAUCGUGGACACGUUCGGCAGCGUGGCCCAGACGGAGCUCAUCUACCUGGAGGACUCCCCGGACUACUGCAGGAGGAACACCAGCGUGGGGCUGUACGGCACCGAGGGCCGGGAGUGCCUGCAGAACGGAGAGGGGCUUACCCAGUGGGAGAGGCGCAGCUGCCGCAGGUUGUGUCAUGAAUGCGGCCUGAAGGUGGAGGAGAGGCGCACGGAGGUAGUGAGAAGCUGCAAAUGUAAAUUCCACUGGUGCUGCACGGUGAACUGCGAGGACUGCUCUCAGGUGAUCGUCAAACAUGUGUGCGCCAGGAGGGAAGCAGCUGAUGGACAAGGCUUUAGACGGAGGUACCGUGGACCCAAAUGA